AUGAAUUUCUCCAAAAAUCCUUUCACCCAUAUCGAAGGCAUCUUCAAUUUCCGUGAUGCUGGCGGCUACGCAAUCGCUUUCGACCCGCUCUACUCAGUCCGGCGCCGCUUCAUCUUCCGAUGCGCCAACCCAGGCAGGGCAACAUCCAAUGGAGUGCAACAAAUCCGAGACUUGGACAUCACCACCAUCUUCGAUCUGCGCUCCGCCACCGAGAUCGAAAGAACCAAAGAUUUCGCGCCGACAGCCGAGAUCCCGGGCAUCAGGAGAGUACACGUGCCGGUGUACGUCCACGGCGAAUAUCCCGCCCAUCAGAGCGUAGAGAACCUUCAGAAUUAUACAUCGGCGAACCGUCAAGAUUCAAGAGGGGCAUAUGUGGAAUAUCUCGACAACGGAAAAGAUGCCUUCGGAACCAUCUUCACGCACAUACGAGACCACUCCGACCAAAAUUGCCUCAUCCACUGCUCCGCGGGUAAAGACCGGACAGGCGUCGCUAUCGCUCUAAUCCUGGCCACCGCAGGAGUGGAGACCUCGACGAUACAACAAGAGUACCGACUUUCAGAAGAGGGGUUGAAGCCCAUGAAAGAAUCCGUCGUUCGCUAUCUGACCGAGAAGUCGGGCUCGGAGUGGACGGAUCAGCAAGUAACAAGUCUUCUAGGACUGAGGCUCGAUGCACUGAGUGAAAUGCUCGAUGUUUUACGAGACGCUCAUGACGGUGCGGAAGGGUAUCUAAAGACGCAAUGCGGCUUCAGCAACGAGGACGUAGCGAUCAUAAGGGAGAAUCUGCGUAUCAAAGAAGCUUGA